AUGCAGUCCUUUCUCCUUACCGCCGCCCUUGCAUCUGCCGCGUUCGCGGCCUCGCCUAUUACGGUAAAGGUCUCCGACAAUAUCCGUUACCAGACCUACGACGGCACUGGUAUCUCAGAAGCCUUUCAAAGAUCUCUUGUUCUGCAUCUGCUCGACCCGCCUACCCGCAAUGCCGCCCUUGACCUUCUCUUUACCGAUAGGGGUGCGGGUAUGACCAUUCUCCGGAAUGGCCUUGGAUCUUCCCCUACCGACCCUUUCGACCUCAUGAAGUCAAUUUGUCCCGUGGCACCUGCUUCAAACAGCAGCGAGGCUAUUGCAAGAGGUGUACACACAAUCUAUGCCAAUGCGUGGUCCGCUGAUGGGUACAUGAAGACCAACGGCAACGACGACUACGGAGGAUACCUCUGUGGCGUUACGAAUGCUUCUUGCGCCACUGGGGACUGGAGGCAAUCGUAUGCGAAUAAGAUUGUGCGCUACAUCCAAGACUACCGCCGCAAUGGCAUCAAAAUUGACUAUGUUGGCUUCUUGAACGAGCCCGAUCAAAACACCACAUAUGCUUCUAUGUUGUCUGAUGGUCAGCAGGCAGCUGACUUCAUCAAGAUUCUGCGUCCCACGCUCGACAGGGCCGGAGUCAAGACCAAGAUCGCAUGCUGCGACGGAGCUGGUUGGGAUCAGAACAGACAGCGUCUCACGGGCAUUCAAGCAGCCGGCGAGGAACACAACCUCGGCCUCGUUACUGCACACGGCUACAGCUCCGCUCCCAACACUCCUUACAACACCCCGCUUAAGACCUGGGUCACGGAGUGGUCUACGUUCGAUGCCACCAACUUCGACUGGUACAACUCUACCACUGGCUCAUACAAGCAGAGCUUCGGUCUCACUUGGGCCAACCACAUCCAGGAGGCCUUCCAGUACAGCAAUGUCAGUGCAUUUCUGUACUGGUGGGGUGCUGCCAACGCUACCGACAAUGAAUCCCUCCUCAUCGUGAACGGGACUUCCGAGCUCAAAGUCACCAAGCGUCUCUACGCCAUGGCCCACUGGGGUUCCAAGUUCGUCCGCAAGGACGCGGUCCGCAUCGAUGCUGCCGUUUCUGCCAAUGGUGUCGCAGCCCUCAACGCCACCGCGUUCAGGAACACCGACGGCUCCGUCGCAGUCCAAAUCAUCAACAAUAGCGACUCGCCUCAGUCAGUCAGCGUGUCUGGAUUCGCGCAUGACUGCCAGGUCGAAACAUUCCUGACCAACCAGCGAUAUGAUCUCAAGCAGGGCAAUGCCAAGAAUACUAAGGGCGCUGCACAAUCUACUGUUCCUGCUAGGAGUUUGUUCAGCUUUGUUGGACGAUGA